UAACAGCAGUAGAGAGGGCAUGCCCUCAACUCCUGCCUGUAGGCUUCCAGCGGCAUCUGAUGGGCUACUGUGUGAAACAGGAUGCUGGACAAGAUGGACCUUGGGCCUGAUCCAGCAGGGCUGUUCUUAUGUUCUUAAGCUAUUGCCCAAGACCCUGUUAACUUCUGCUGUAAUGGGAGUGAGUUAGCUCCUGAAAUACUCUGCUAUAUAAAUAAUUACCCACAACAGGGUUAUGGGCCCAGCCCCUAACAGGGUUUUUGGGACUCAAAACUAAUCUCAGGAUUGAUAAAGGUACAGCUACAGUAACAGAGACAGCAUGGAUUCCAGCCAGAUUAGCUUCCGCAUUCCCAAGCUGUAUGGCUCAAACUACAGUGACUGGCCAUUUCAAAAUAAAACCCUAUCUUAUGAACCAAGGACUUGACAAUGUUCUGGAGGACACACAGAGACCCAGUGAGCAACAAGCAGAUGCAAGAAAGCUUUGGGAUUCUCAAAACAAGAAAAUUCUUGGGAUCCUUGGGAUGCAUGUACUAUACUUUCAUCAAGCCAGCUCCUCUACACUGGAAGCAUUUUCAAGGAAACUGCUACUACUACUCAAAAAAUGAAACACCGUGGGAAAGUGCCAAAACAUCAUGUGCUCAUGAAAACUCCCAACUGAUUGUUAUUAACAGCAAGGAGGAGUAGGAUUUUGUGGUUAGUAAAACAGACUUCUCAUCAGUCUGGCUUGGCUUGAGCGAUGCAGAAACGGAGGGAAGCUGGCACUGGGUUGAUGGAUCAAGUUUGACACAACAGUUCUGGAGGCAAGGAGAACCUAAUAAUAGAGGCGAGGAAGAUUGUGCUGUUCUGUCCAAUAAAGGAAAUUGGAAUGACAUUCCCUGUGACAAAAAGGUCCACUUUGUCUGUGAGAAAAGAGGAAAUUGUGCAUGUACUUAAUAAAGGAAGUAUUCCUGAUGCAUGCUCUAAGUAUGGCCCCUUCUCAAAGUAUGGUCUUUAUUAGGCCAUAUACAAGACUAUUAUUAGUGCCAAGUUUGCUGUCUAGGUGUGCUUGAACUAAUGCCCAACUCUAGCUGUUAUCUGAAUACACUCAGUAUUUCUUAAAGUUAACAAUUCCAAACACGCAUUUUAAAAAUGAAUUUUAUAAAACCUUUCUAUGUGAUGCAACAUAGUAUUAUGUAGAGAUGAAAAAGUUUAAAAUGAGCAUAUCCUUCAUGCUACCACUCCUACCUGUGUUGUGCAUCUGCUAUCACUAGAACUUGUAAUACUGUAAUCCCUUCCCUUUGAAGUGAAAUUGCAUGUCCUGGAGUAGCUCUAGCCAAACACCAACACCAUAACAAUGACAUUAAAGUGGCGCAGCGGGAAAAUGUUUGACUAACAAGCAGGAGGUUGCCAGUUCAAAUCCCCACUGGUACU